CAAACUUUAUAGGCUUUUUUUUUUUGGGUUACUGUGUUUUCUUCUCAUUGUUCUAUUAGCUCUUUGGUUGUGUACCCUUGUCUCUGCUGCUCUGUGUAUUUUUCUUUCUCUCUGCUGUACUCAUGUCUCUCUUGCAAAAGUGUCAAACUGAGUUCAUUAAAGUAAAGUUACUGUUUACCACAAACUCAGUUUGAGUGUUCUAGAGUGAAACAAAGACAAAGAACUUUAACUAAUGUUAAGAGAUUUUGCUUUGGUUUUGGUAGUUAAGGCAAGGACAACCCACCAAAAAACAACAAAGUUGACAAGUUGACUGAAGAUACUGGCAAAUUGUUCUUCAUGAGAACAGCUUAUUGCUUAGUUUCUCUUUACAUUGUACACAAUUAAACAUUUUAUUUAAACAAAUGAGAAAUACAGUUAUAUAUAUUAUCACAUACAUCAGUUAUUGGAAAUUGGCUGCCUGGUAUUUGCAGUUGCUGUGUGAGUUUUAAAAGACAUUAGAAAGUUUUCUGAUGAGUUAAAAGCCAGUACAGAACUUCAACUGGACCACUUGGACCACCAAGUCUAUCAGCAGUCCCUAACCCUAACUUUAACUCCAACCGUAUCUGCAGUUAACAGGGCAUCAAGAUGGUUGCAUACAGAAACACGGCUGAAUACAUGAGCAGCACUUUCCAAAGAAAGAACCAACUGUUUGGUUCCUGGCAGGAUGUGGGUAAAUAUUGCUAACUCAUUAAUCAUGUUUCUCUUUAAUCCAUUUAGUUUAUGCACAGAAGGACAGUUACCAAGCUGUACGUAAAUUGGGUGUCGUGUCUCAGCCCAGACAUUCACGUAAUCUGAGGAGUUCAAACUCAGCAAAUCGUUACAGAAUCUCCCACCAGGCAGGCAUGUGGGAGGGAUCAGCAGGCAGAACGAAGCAGAACCUUAAGCGGUGCCCCCAGUUCUUUCAUCUGCAGCCACUCUCUCCGUACAGUUGAGCAAGAAACAACAGUCAGUCUGAGCAGCUGGUCUACAGCCAUUUCUGCUGGGUCACAUACCUUUCACAGGAUUUUGGGUUGUGCUAACAUGGCAUCUCUGAAGAGUGUGGUUCCUCUGGGAGUCUGUCUGUCUGCUUGGAUUAUCACUAUUGGAGCUCAGAACUCUUUGCUUCAAGCACAGAACGUCCAUUGGGUAUCUCUGGACUUUAAAACCAUCCUCACCUGGACUACCGAAGGAUCUGACCUCACAUACACUGUCCUGUACUCUUGGUAACAUCAGUGCUGUGAACUUCACUGUGGAGAAGGUAAAUAAGAGCACAGUAAUUGUCAGCAUCACAGAUCCUCUGACCAGCAUCCAUGAGCGUGGGAAGCAGCUUAGCAUCAGAGAGAUUCUCAAAAGUGACCUCCAUUAUAAAAUCAUCUACUACAAGUCUGGAAGUACAGGAAAGAGAGAGGUCACAUCUGACUCCAGCGAGGUGGAGGUGUCCCAACUGGAUCCAGGACAGAGUUACUGCUUCAUGGUGGCAGCUUACAUCCCCUCCAGACCCAAAACUACGCAGCACGGAGCCUGGAGCAGACAGCGGUGUACACCUGGAAGCAAUGACCCCCUGCAAGAGUGGAGUCUUGGAGCGUGGGUUGGUGUAAUCUUCAUCUUGAUCACAGUCUUCAUCAUCAUCGUCACCGUGACCAUCCUCUGCUGCAAAUGCUGCAGACAAAGAAACAAAACCCUCCAGACGUCUCAAUCAUCAGCGGCUAUUUAAUGUACUGUGUGUGUGUGUGUGGGGGGGGGGGUCUUUCAAACACAGGGAGCUGGCCUCUCUUCAGUUUUCUAUAUCCUCUCUGUUUAUAGGAAAACAUUGUUUUACUUACCUAUGCUCUGUGUUUUCAGUGGUCAUUAUGUUUUUAUUUCACAUUUUAAUAUUUUAAUACCUUAAAGGUGACCGUGCAGCUGCUGCUCCUUAGUACUUUUGUGUUUUGUUUUAGAAUAUCAAAUCCUAGCUAAUUCUAACUAAUCCUAACCACAGCAGCAGUUUUAACUGGAACAGUUUUGUCAGAAACUAAUUCAAAAGAUUAAAAAUGUGAUUUGUUAACCUGUUUUUACAUAUAUCUUACUGUAGCUUACAGUUUUGUCGAGACCAAAUACAAACCACUACAUGUACAGUGAACUAAGCUCUUUGGUGGCAUCUAAUGGUUGCUCCAUGGAACUACAUCAGUAUUCUCUACAUAUAUACCUUUAGUCUUAUGUAACUAACUCGUUCAUUAAUGUCUGUUGUGUCACUAGUACCUUUUGUUGAUCAAAAGGGAAGAAAAGCAAUAAAACAAAAAUGAAAAGGUUCUCUA